AAAUUACCCGACAACAGGAGUUUUAUAUAAAAGGCGUGUGUUUACGAUUGAUGGCAUACACAGUUGAAGCUUCGAAGGAUCAGGAGUCCAAAGUUCUAUUGUCAAACAUGUCUAUGUUCGCUUGUUUGGUUUUGUGUGUUGUGGCUGUGAGCCUGAGCGGGGUUCAUGCAACUGCCGAAGAGAAAGCAGCUUUCAUAGAAGCUGUGAAGCCUCACAUACAGGAGUGCUCAAAGGAGCAUGGAGUUACUCCUGAAGAAAUUAAGUCUGCUAAGGCUGCAGGCAGUGCCGAUGGCAUCAACUCUUGUUUCCUGAGCUGUGUUUAUAAGAAAGCUGAAGUAAUCAAUGACAAAGGAGAAUACGAUGCUGAUAAGGCCCUGGAGAAACUCAAGAAAUUCGUGAGCAACGAAGAUGAUUAUGCUAAAUUCGCAGAAAUUGGAAAGAAAUGCGCUUCAGUUAACGAGAAGUCAGUAAGCGAUGGAGAUGCUGGUUGCGAAAGAGCUGCGCUGUUGACCACAUGCUUUUUGGAACACAAGAGCGAGAUAUCAGCACAGCCAACUGUGAAUCCGGUGGUGGAACAAAGAUCGGGUCCACGAGUAUUAUCGCGUCUUCUCGAAGCCGCACAGGGUAUCGAGCAAGCUCGAGCUUCUGUGCAAAGACUCUCGUUGCUCCGUGACUUUUCACCUUUUUCUAACCUUGGCCGUCCUUAGAACAAUGCAACUAUUAUUUCUGCUGUACUGUCCAGAUCCCCGCUUAAAUUUCUGAGGUGGCGAUGCAGUCUAGCAAGAAAUGCCUUGUUGAUUUUCUUUGAUACUUAUGAAUAAAGCAGUUUUAUAUUAUUACA